AUGUACUGGGUUGGUGAAAGUUGGCGAGAGAGACGCUCGGAGAACCUAGCGUGGCGUAGGGCAUUUGUGCCACCGCCGAUACCACCACCCACUCUGGUCGGAGGGCUGGCCAGCAUAGACGAGUCUCCUCUGCCUCGGGCGAGGAUAGAGAGUGAGUCCAGAUCGGAAUUUAUGGUUGCUAAUAUAGAUCUUGGGAAUGAGAAGAAGGGGUCGAUCACACCUGGAGUAGGCACGGAUAACGUGCUAGUACAGAUCCUAUAUCCUGAUUGGAUAUACCAGUCUCUGCCUCAACAGAGCCUAUCAAAAACGAUAGAGUCUCCAGUAAAUACGCAGAACGCUGCUUUGUUCACGAGUUUGUACCAAAACAGGGAGUACGCGCGUUGCACCCAAACUUUGCCCCCAACCAUGGACGAAAUUGGAAUUCAAAUCAAAUCAGUGGAGCCGACUUUCGAGUCUGUGGUCACCGAAAAGGCUGCCUUGUUUCAGGAGAUGCAAGAGGAUGACUAUUACAUCAAAUACAAGAAACUUGCUAGACAUCUGGAGAUGUUGGAUAUACAAGAGGCAUACAUCAAGGACGAGCAAGCAAAUCUCAAGCGUGAACUCGUUCGUGCACAAGAGGAGGUUAAACGAAUUCAGUCUGUCCCACUUGUCAUUGGCCAGUUUCUCGAACCAAUAGACCAGCACACUGGCAUUGUGGGCUCAACUACUGGUUCAAACUAUGUCGUCCGCAUCUUGUCGACCCUGGACCGUGAACUGCUAAAACCUUCCUCCUCUGUGGCUCUCCAUCGUCACUCGAAUGCACUAGUGGACAUCCUUCCCCCAGAAGCAGAUUCAUCAAUAGCAAUGCUAGGAGCAGAGCAAAAGCCUGAUGUGACCUACCAGGAUGUGGGUGGCAUGGACUCACAGAAGCAAGAAAUCAGGGAAGCGGUCGAGCUGCCCCUCACACACUUUGAUCUAUACAAAAAGAUUGGUAUUGACCCACCACGAGGUGUCCUGCUAUACGGUCCCCCAGGGACGGGUAAAACCAUGCUCGUUAAAGCUGUGGCACAUCACACGACUGCAUCUUUCAUCAGAGUAGUUGGAUCUGAAUUCGUCCAGAAAUAUCUCGGAGAAGGACCGCGCAUGGUUCGAGACGUGUUUCGGCUGGCUCGAGAAAACGCCCCUGCGAUCAUCUUCAUUGAUGAGAUCGAUGCAAUUGCAACAAAACGAUUUGAUGCGCAAACUGGUGCAGACAGAGAGGUUCAACGUAUCUUGCUUGAGUUAUUGAACCAAAUGGAUGGUUUCGAUCAGGGAAGCAAUGUGAAGGUUAUAAUGGCAACCAACAGAGCAGAUACCUUAGAUCCUGCUCUCCUCCGGCCGGGUCGCCUGGAUCGAAAGAUCGAAUUCCCGCAGCCAUCAAGGCGAGAGAAACGACUGAUCUUCCAAACUAUCACCGGAAAGAUGAACUUAAGUCCAGAUCUCGAUCUUGAGGACUACGUUUCACGGCCAGACAAGAUUUCUUCAGCCGAAAUUGCUUCCAUAUGUCAGGCCGCUGGCUUACAAG